AUGGCGACCAAUCAAGCCGGUGCAGCAAGUGGAGCAGCUCAACAGCAGCCGAACUUUCCGGAUGCCAUUUUGCGGAUCCUGAACAAUCAACACACGCUCAUAACGCAGUUGUCGCAGCAGAUAUCAGCCACCCAGACUGCCAUCACGAAGUUGUCCUGCAAUGAAACCGUACUGGAUUCCCUCUCAAGCAACAUAGCGGAAUUCGUAUACGAGAAAGAGAGCGGGCACACAUUCGACGCGUGGUUUUCCCGCUACACCGAUCUCUUUGAGAAGGACGCCGCCAAAUUGGAUGACGCUGCUAAGGUUCGACUCCUCCUACGGAAAAUGAGCCCACCGGACCACGAGCGCUACCACAGCUUUAUCUUACCAAAGCUCGCUCGUGAGUACACCUUCGCCGAAACGGUAGAAAAAUUGAAAUCACUGUUCGGUGCGUUCACUUCAAUCUUUCGUCGACGGUACAACUGCCUCCAGACAACCAAGGAGGACAGUGAGGAUUAUCUCGCCUACUCGUGCCGGGUGAAUAAGUCUUGUGUUGACUUCAAACUGUCAGAACUUACUGAAGAACAAUUCAAGUGUCUGACGUUUGUGUGUGGCCUCAAGUCCAAGCAAGACGCCGAGAUCAGAAUGCGGCUAAUCAACAAGCUCAAUGAAGCUGCGGAUCUUACUCUUCAACAAGUAGUUGAGCAAUGCAACAACCUCGUCAACCUCAAGAUGGACACUGUUAUGGUAGAAAACCCAUCGGGAGUGAAUUUCGUUGCUCACAACCAGAAGAACAGGCGUCGAUCAACCAGCAGCACUCCCUCGCACGAUCAGCCCAGAACACCCUGUUGGUCCUGCGGAGGGAUGCACUUCAGCAAAGAUUGCCGUUUUCGCGAUCACAAAUGUCGCGACUGCGGUAAGCAAGGUCACCGAGAAGGGUACUGCGCAUGUUUUUCAUCGAAGUCGGCAGCGAGCGGUUCGAGAAAGCAGCUACCGAAGAAAAUCAAGAUGAAGAAGAAGCGUGAGCAGUCAACAAAGACGGUGACAGUUCGGAACAUUCAUCAGGGUCGAAAAUUCAUCGAAGUCCAACUCAACGGUGUCCCUCUCCGACUGCAGUUGGACACUGGGUCGGACAUAUCCAUCAUCUCGCAUCAGUCGUGGGUCAAACUUGGUCGUCCGAAAGUACUGCCAGCAAGUUGUCGAGCAAAAACAGCGUCCGGGGAGCCGCUGAAACUUAUUUCAGAGCUGCAGUGUAGCAUCACCCUCAACAACAUCACCAGAGAGGGCAUCGAUAUGAUGGACCAGUUCGGUCUGUGGAACCAACCGAUCACGGCGUUCUGCAACCAAGUUACUAGUCAGCAGACCCAAGACGUUUCCGACCUUCGGGCCGGGUUUCCCGACGUUUUUACCACGAAAAUGGGCAUGUACAACAAGACGCCGGUAAAGCUGGUGCUGAAGGAUGAUCCCAAGCCGGUGUUUCGACCAAAACGGCCGGUGGCUUACAGAAUGGAGAGCGUCGUGGAAGAGGAACUUCACCGGUUGGAAAGCCUUGACAUCAUCAAAAAGGUUGACUUUUCCGACUGGGCAGCACCAAUAGUCGUUGUGCGGAAGCCUAACGGGACAGUCCGCAUAUGUGCGGAUUAUUCGACGGGGUUAAACGCAGCACUAGAGCCGAACUGCUAUCCGCUCCCUCUACCCGAAGACAUCUUCACAAAGAUGGCCAACUGCCGGUACUUCAGCCACAUUGAUCUGUCGGACGCCUACCUCCAGGUCCAGGUCGAUGAGGCAAGCCAACCCCUUCUUACAAUCAACACGCAUAAAGGCCUCUACCAGUUCACCAGACUGUCACCCGGCGUCAAAUCAGCUCCGGGAGCGUUCCAGCAAAUAAUGGAUACCAUGCUUGCUGGUCUGGAAUGCACCUCUGGUUAUCUGGAUGACAUCCUGGUAGGGGGCCGAACGUUGGAGGAAUAUCGUCGGAACCUGUAUCGGGUCCUCACUCGCCUGCAGGAAUUUGGGUUCACCGUACGCAUUGAAAAAUGCAGUUUCAACAUGCGCCAAGUGAAAUAUCUGGGUCAAAUUCUCGAUGGAGAUGGCAUUCGACCAGACCCGGAGAAGGUAGCAGCAAUUGCCAACAUGCCACCCCCGCACGACGUUUCUACACUUCGCUCGUACCUAGGUGCCAUUAAUUAUUAUGGCAAAUAUGUAAAGGAAAUGCGCACUCUUCGGCAGCCGCUAGACCAGCUGCUGAAAGCGGACACCAAGUUCGAGUGGUCGUCCGCCUGCCAAAAGUCAUUCGAUCACUUCCGGGAGGUUCUUCAAUCACCGUUGCUUCUGACGCACUACAACCCUAACAUGGAAAUCGUCGUGUCGGCGGAUGCAUCAACGGUCGGGCUGGGAUCCCGCAUCGCCCACAGAUUUCCCGAUGGGUCAAUCAAAGCCAUUUAUCACGUGUCCCGUAGCCUAACCCCAGCCGAAAGCAACUACAGUCAAGUCUAA